AUGGUCAAGUUCAACCUGACGUUGAUGGGGCUGUGCCUUGUCGGCUUCCUUUUGUCGAGCUACGCGUAUUCCGUCGAGGUGCACGCCGAGCGGGCGAAGCAGCUUGGUAUCACCUACAACGCCUACUGCGAUAUCGGGCCUUUCUCAUGCACGAAGGUCUUCUCUUCGGAUUUAAGCUCCGUCACGCACUUUUUUGGUCUUCCAAAGACCCCCAACGCGCUCGUGGGGAUGCUCUACUACACGGUGGAGAUGCUGUGCUGCUGGCAUCCAACGCUAAUCUUGAUUGUCAGCGCGCCGAGCAUCGUGGCCACGGUGUGCCUCGCCUUUAUUCUCACGGUCAUCCUGCAUGACUUCUGCGUGGUGUGCUGCUGCACCUAUGUGGUGAACGUGACAACGGUGUACGUUGCGUACCGAUGGUGGAAGCGAAGCGCGGCGAGCAAGGCGGCGGUAGCAUCGUCGUCAUCGAGGAAGUCCAAGAAGCGCGCGUGA